UUAAUAAUCAAUGUGUUCACAUUUAUUGUCGGAAGUCGCAGUUCUCAGUUCCGCAUCUGCCUUUUGAGAAACUUUAUUGAGAAAAUCAACAUAAAGUGGAACGAAAAAUUUUUUGUCGAAAUUAUUUAUGAAAAAUAUCGAAUUAUCUUUAUACUUGAAAUAACAAUACAGAAAGUAUUAAAUCACAAGUGUCGUGAUAUCCCUUUCCACAAAAAAUCAUCUAAAAUAUAAGAAAAUUGCGUCCAUGAGCAACUAAAGUGAAAAAAUUUAGAAAGGGACUUGAAUAUAAAAUCAAACAACCCCACACAAAUUCCAGCGAACCUUCUUCAAAAACUAAUACUUCGAAUACAUCAAUGUUUUGUUUCAAUAAUUGCAAAAACAACGAAAACAAAUAACACGUGACAAUGUGGCUUGCGAAUUAUUUAUUACGGCAGCAUUUCAUGCAGAAACAACAACACGGACACGCGGCCAAGGCUAAAAGCUGUGCAGAGGGCACCCAGAAGCAUUUGAGCAGUUAAGGCAAAAGCAAAAACAAACAGAAAGAAAUUAUUGGCAACAACAACACAAAGUGACUGAGUGAUAUUAAACUGGGCACACAAAGAGAUCCUCUCGAAAUACACACUUCGUUAUUUUUUUUUAAACAAAAGUUCUUUGAAACAAGAAAAAAUAUUUUUUUUUCUUUCACGCCAAAAUAAACAUUACUCGUUUCAUUACGAAUCCGCGCUGCUUAGUGAGUGAGAAAUAGUUAGCAAGAGCGAGACAGGCACGCAGUGAUUCUCAGACGUAAACAAUAAAACAUAAACGCAUAUUGUUGUUGUUGUCGUCACACUUAUUUCAACUCCGAGUAUUCUGUGCGUCGUUGUAGAGUUGCUACAAACUCUCCCACGGGCGGACGCCAUGUAUGCGCGAGUAUUGCGCAAAUGGAGUCUAAACACGAAACUGCAAAUGUCCAUCGUCAUGUGGCGGCUACUGCUGCUCACCCUGCUGCUGCUCUGCCUGUGCGCAUCGCCGGCCACAUGCAACACAACCAACACCAACAGCAACACCACCACCCUCAUGCAUGUGAGUCGGAGUGUCAGAGCGCCUGCGUAUGCAUUUGCCACUGCGUCUGUGUCGGCAAUAACUGCCCAUGUACCAGCAACAGUAACGGCAACGAACAGAGUAGCCGCUGCAGCAGCACGACAAUCAGUAUCACUGCCACACAGCCUCACAGCACCAGCAGCGGAAACUGUUGGCGACAUCAUAGAAGAAAGUUACUACAUACCCGUCGAUGGCGACGACGUAGAUAGCAACAUUUACGAUAGUCGUCUAGUGCAGGCUCUAGACGUUGGCAAUGUGCUGAUGGGUAGAAGAAACGCGGGGGCGGAGGGAAAUAUGGGCAGCAGUAAGAAAAGGUUGCACAGUAGCAAUAGUUAUAGGAGUGGAGGCAGUGGCAGUGGCAGCAGCAGUAGAAUAUUUAGCAGUAGUAGUGUAGUGAGCAACAGUGACAGCAGUAAAAGUAAGAAACAACAACAACAACAGCAACAACAACAUGAGAAAGAGCAGCUAAACCAGCAAGCAUCUGGCACCUAUGCAGACAACCUGGCGUAUGCGCAUUAUCGCCGCGCAGUGCCGGCAACAUUCAAUUCCUCCACUUUCAUGCAAUCAGCCGCAGAAACAACGACAACAGCAACAACAGCGCUGUUAGCAGUAGCGCCACAAACAGUAUUUAGUCCCCAGUUCAGUGUGCAACAUGUUGCAAAUGAUGAAAAUUUUGCCGCCGAUGAUGAAGACGAUGAUGAUGUUGAUGGUGAUGAUAAUGACGAAGAGGAAGUGGCGGAGGUGGCAAAGGCGAUGGCAGAUGACGAGGAUGAAGAUUUGGCGCUGGAUGUGGAUAAUGAGGACGAUGGCGAUGCCGAUAUGGAAGAUGGCGACGUUAAUGAGCAUGCGUCGGAUGAUGAUCAUGCCGCCGAUGAGGGGCGGCAACAACAAAAAGUUCCAAAUAAAAAAAAUAGUCACUUAACUAAUCUAUUUAAAGCGUAUAAGCUUAACAACAAUAAUAUUUACAGCCGCAAGUGGAAUGUGAACAUGCCACAUCUACAACCACAACCACUGCAACAGCAACUACAACAAAAUACAGCAGUGAGCCCCCAUAGCCAUGGUGCGCAGCAGUAUGAAUCUGGCAGGCGCAGCUCCAAGGCACGGCGCCAUGUCACUGCCGAGCAGCGGCAGCAUUGGCUUUCACAGCAGCAACACCAACAACAACACCAACAAAAACAGGACACAGCACCUUUGCUAGCGCCUGGUGUUGCUCAUACCGUGCCACACUCGUCUACCAGCACGCAAAUACCCAUCGUGCAAUACCCCACCAAGAAAGUGUUUCAAUUGGUUAACGGCAAGAAUUUGACGCGCAUUGUACACCUCUGGCCGGCCACACACUACCGCAUAGCGGCUUAUGAAAUACCCUCCUCGCUGCCCAAUCGUGGUGCACUGACAGAGCAACAACGGCGCAUGCUGCAACAUCAGCGCGAACAGCAGCAGCUACAGCUGCAGCAAGACCAAGCGGCGCGCUCACGUCGUGACUCACACAUCUUUGGCUCAUCGCAGGGCGUAGAUGGCAAAUUUAGCAGUGGCUUCUACAGUGGAUCUACACUGGGUCAGCAAACGAAUUCGCAGCAACAUUUUCAACGUCUGCAGCAGAGCAACAGCGCCAGCAGCAGCAGUUGGCAGCAAAUCAGUGGCAACAUUUUCCAACGUCAGCAGCCGUUUCAGCAACAACACACGCAUAAGCACCAACACAAUAAUGGCGACGCCAACAACUACUAUCGCAAUCAUAAUCGCAACAACAGCAAUAACAACAACAACAGGAAACACAAUCAACGCCAACGCGCGCACAAACGAUCGCGUCGCUAUUGUUCGGCGCGCGAUCCCGCCCAACUCGCAUUCGAGGCGCCCAUCGUAUUCGAGGGCAAAAUAACGUCAAUGUCACCCGAUCGCCGACACAAUUUUGCCGCCACAGUGCAAGUGUUGAACGCAUACAAGCAGCAAAUUGGCUAUCAGGUGAAGCGCGAACAAUUUGUACGUCUGCAAUUCGCCUACAUCAACAGCAGCGGCGAGUGUGACAUCUAUCGCGAACAACUGCGGCCACGCGGUUUGGUGCCCGGCGACGAGUUGGAACUGCAACGCACCUAUCUUUUCUUUGUGCAGCAAGUCGAUUUGCGCAACUUCACCAUUCUUGGCCAGCCGAUAAGGAGGACGCGGCGCGUUGUCGAAGCAGUCAAGGAUGCGGUGAGCGAAAAUUAUGGUGAGUUGAAAGUUUUAAUUAUUAUUCAUUUACAAAGAUUAAGAGGUAAUAAACAAUGUAGCGGAAGAAAUUCUGUGCUGAAAAUAUCUAAUGCGUUUGUACAAUUUUCAAAUGCAGCAUCCGCUAAUUUUUCUGCUCCGCGGCACAUUGCAAAUAUCGCAGCUUUUGUGUGCGGCGUUUAUUUUAUUGUAUUUUAUUUUUAAUAUUUAUUUAAAGAAAACAAAAAGCUAAUUUUUUACACGUAAUUUUUUAUGCAAAUCUCCUUGGCUAUUUUUGAUGCAAGUCUCGACCCUUAGGUUAAGUUAGGUUGAAGCGGUUGUCCACUCAGGCUCAUAGCCCAUUGUGAUGCCGCUUGGGGAACUUGUCCUCAGCUCUCCUAAAACCAGUGUGUAUUUUUCAAAAAUUAUGUACAGGGUUUGAUUGAAAAGUAAUGAGCCUUAUUUUUUUUUAAGGAGUUUUAUUAAACCUUUUUUCUUAUACAACUAAAAUUCUUCAAAAUAGGACCCUUGAGCGUCAAUACACCGCUGGUAGCGGUCCUUCCACUGCAGGAAACAUUUUUUAAACUCAUCCGCCGGGACCGCGCAACUCGGCUGUUUUUGGAUCGCCUCGAUGGAGUCGACACGCCUCCCCUUCAGUUUUCGGCGCGUGAACAAGAAGAAGUCCGAAGGGAACGGGUCUGGGCUGUAGGGAUCUCGAUGUAAGCACGACGGUCAAUGUUCAAAAAAUCACGAACCCGGUUCACAUCUUCGUCUGUUUGCGUCGUCGAAGGCCUUCCAGAUCGCUGUUCGUCUUCGACGUCCUCCCGGCCUUCCUUGAACGACUUAUGCCACCGUUUUACCUGGGCACUGGCCAGAGAUUGGUCUCCGUAAGCCUCCUUGAGUAGCCCAAUGGUUUCGGUAGGCAUAGCAAUUAUCAAAGUAGAAGAGUUUCAGAGUUGAAAAGCAUCAAAUCUUGACAAAUCUGGGCAUACAAUUAAAUUUGCCAGAUUUUGAGUAAAUUUGUGGCAAAUUUUUGAGUAAUAACGAAAGUGAACGCAAUACUGCCUUAAGGCCCUCGCCUCAUUUGCAAUGGUUUGUUCGGGUGUUUUUCUAAAAGCCUGUAAAACGUAAACAAAACAGGUUUUUAAUUUUUGUUUUGCGCAUUUUAUUUUCUGGUCUAUUGUUAAAAAAUAAAAAUUUUUUUUUUGCUCAUACGAUGUUUGUUCAAAAAGUUGUCAGCCUUCAAAAAUGGUCUUUCAAAACAAGGUACGACACGGGUUUCGACACUCACAGUUGUCUGAAAUCAAAAAGACCAAAAGGUUCUGGUUCAGUAUGAAUGUCGUUAUCGUGUGAACUACGAUCUUAAAAAAAAAAUUCACAAUGGUGGAUGUUGAAAGAUGAAAAACCGUUUUUUACCCUUUUUUUGAUUUUAAAGGUCCGAAAAAAUUACUAAACAAUUGUUUUCCGAAUGAUACGAGUAUGUCUUGUAUACCGUCUUGAGUAGCCAGCCGAGUCUAUUUUUUUUUGCAAAGGUGCUUUUCUGGUGCUUCAUUAAGUCUAGAAGCAAAAUUUCUUGAAGAUUUCUCUUUUUGAGCUGUGAUAUUUUUUUGUAUUGUAAUUUUGUAUGCUUUGAGGUGCUAGUAAUCAACUUUUGGACUCUGACUAGUCUGCCCGUUGGAAGAAGAAUCUAAUUGACAGGGA